CCGGGCUGGGCUGGGCUGGGCACGGCGAGCGCUCCCGCGGCGGGCACGGCAGCAGCGCAGAGCCCCUUCCCAGCCCAGCCGAGGCACCGCGACCGCCGCGGCCGCCCCCCCCGCCGCCCCGGCCAUGAGGUCGGGCCGGAGAGACGGCACCUGUGCGGGGAGGUGAGCGGAGCCCCGGCGCCUUCCUCCUACCCCCGGGCAGCCACCGCGGCGGGGGAAGCGCAGGGGGUGGAGGAAGGGAAAGGGAUUUUUAUUUUUAUUUUAUUUUAUUUUAAUUUUAUUUUUUUUAUAAUACAUCAAUAUAUUUUUACUGCGAUCAAUCCCGAUCCCGCGACUGAAGCCCCCGGAGGGAGAAGUGCUGCGCGCUGUGAUGCGUCUUCCUCUCGCCUCGGCUGCCAGUUUGGAUUGUAGCGCCCGGCUCCGUGCACCGCGAGGAUGGCUCGGUUUGGGGAUGAUCUGCCGACCCGCUAUGGAGGUGGAGGGCCGGCCGGGGCUGGAAGAGGGAGCAGCCGGCAAGGUGGCCCCCAAGCCGGCCAAAGGAUGUAUAAGCAGUCGAUGGCUCAGAGGGCCAGGACUAUGGCUCUCUACAACCCCAUCCCUGUCAAACAGAACUGCUUCACAGUCAACAGAUCCCUCUUCAUCUUCAGUGAAGAUAAUGUUAUACGGAAAUACGCCAAGCGAAUAACAGAAUGGCCUCCAUUUGAAUACAUGAUUUUAGCUACAAUCAUAGCCAAUUGUAUCGUGCUGGCUCUGGAACAACACUUGCCGGAUGGAGACAAGACGCCGAUGUCGGAGAGAUUGGACGACACUGAGCCCUACUUUAUUGGAAUAUUUUGUUUCGAGGCUGGGAUAAAAAUCAUCGCUCUGGGGUUUGUUUUUCACAAAGGCUCUUACCUGCGGAACGGCUGGAACGUGAUGGAUUUCGUCGUGGUCCUCACAGGGAUUCUGGCGACUGCUGGCACUGAUUUUGACCUGAGGACGCUGCGAGCUGUGCGAGUGCUGCGACCCCUGAAACUGGUGUCGGGAAUCCCGAGCCUGCAGGUUGUGCUCAAGUCCAUCAUGAAGGCCAUGGUGCCCCUGCUGCAGAUCGGGCUGCUCCUCUUCUUCGCCAUCGUGAUGUUUGCCAUCAUCGGGCUGGAGUUUUACAUGGGCAAGUUCCACAAAACCUGCUUCUCCAACGAGACAGGUGAUGAGGUGGGAGAUUUCCCCUGUGGAGAGGAGCCCCCUGCCAGGCAGUGUGAGAGCGGGACCACCUGCAGGGAGUACUGGCAGGGGCCCAACUACGGCAUCACCAACUUCGACAACAUCCUCUUCGCUGUGCUCACCGUCUUCCAGUGCAUCACCAUGGAGGGAUGGACAGACAUCCUCUACAAUACAAACGACGCUGCAGGAAAUACCUGGAAUUGGCUUUACUUCAUCCCUCUCAUCAUCAUUGGCUCUUUCUUCAUGCUCAACUUGGUGCUGGGCGUCUUAUCGGGUGAAUUUGCCAAGGAACGGGAGCGGGUGGAGAACCGCCGAGCUUUCCUGAAGCUCCGCCGGCAGCAGCAGAUCGAGCGGGAGCUCAACGGGUACCUGGAGUGGAUCUUCAAAGCAGAGGAGGUCAUGCUGGCGGAGGAAGACAAGAACGCAGAAGAGAAAUCUCCUCUGGACGGGAGGGCCGCCUCGGAAGGGCCGAUCCACCAAGGCACGGCACCGGCAGAGACUAGCAGCGGCAGCAGCUACAACAUGUUGAAAAGAGCCGCAAUAAAGAAGAGCAAAAACGACCUGAUUCAUGCAGAAGAAGGUGAGGACCAUUUCACAGACAUUUGCUCCGUUGGGUCUCCCUUUGCCCGCGCCAGUUUGAAGAGCGGGAAGAACGAGAGCUCGUCCUACUUCAGGAGGAAAGAGAAGAUGUUCCGGUUCUUCAUCCGGCGCAUGGUGAAGGCUCAGAGCUUCUACUGGAUUGUCCUGUGUGUGGUGGCCCUCAACACCCUCUGUGUGGCCAUGGUGCACUAUGACCAGCCGGAGAAGCUCACCACUGCCCUCUAUUUCGCAGAGUUUGUUUUCCUGGGGCUGUUCCUUACUGAGAUGUCUUUGAAGAUGUAUGGACUGGGGCCAAGGAACUACUUCCACUCUUCAUUCAACUGCUUUGACUUUGGGGUCAUCGUGGGAAGUAUAUUUGAAGUUAUUUGGGCUGCAGUGAAACCAGGAACCUCAUUUGGCAUCAGUGUAUUGAGGGCACUUCGACUGCUGAGGAUUUUCAAAGUAACAAAGUACUGGAAUUCCCUGAGGAAUCUGGUGGUCUCCUUGCUGAACUCCAUGAAGUCCAUCAUCAGUUUGCUUUUCCUGCUGUUCCUGUUCAUCGUGGUCUUUGCUCUGCUGGGGAUGCAGCUCUUUGGAGGACAGUUCAAUUUCCAAGACGAAACUCCGACCACGAAUUUCGACACCUUCCCCGCCGCCAUCCUCACCGUGUUCCAGAUCCUGACGGGGGAGGACUGGAAUGCUGUGAUGUACCACGGGAUCGAGUCGCAGGGCGGGGUCCGCUCGGGGAUGUUCUCCUCCAUCUACUUCAUCGUCCUGACGCUGUUUGGGAACUACACCCUCCUGAACGUCUUCCUGGCCAUCGCUGUGGACAACCUGGCAAACGCCCAGGAGCUGACCAAGGACGAGGAGGAGAUGGAGGAAGCCACCAACCAGAAGCUGGCCCUGCAGAAGGCCAAGGAAGUGGCCGAAGUGAGCCCCAUGUCUGCAGCCAACAUUUCCAUAGCAGCUUUUGUAAAGCAAACUCGAGGUACUGUAUCUCGCAGCUCGUCAGUCUCCAGCGUAAAUUCACCCAAGCAGCAGAACUCCUCCAAAUCCAAGUCGGUCUGGGAGCAGAGGACCAGCCAGAUCCGGAUGCACAACUUCCGAGCCAGCUGCGAGGCCCUGUACAACGAGCUGGACCCCGAGGAGCGGGUCCGUUACGCCACCACCCUGCACAUCAGGCCGGACAUGAAGACCCACCUGGACCGGCCGCUGGUGGUGGAGCCCCGGAGCGAAGGCAGGAACAACAUCAACAAGCUGAGCCCCGGGGACGUGCAGGAGGUGCAGGAGCACCCCAAGGGCGGCUCUGCCGACGGGGCAGAAGCUCCGCGGAAGCACCACCGGCACCGGGACAAGGAGAAACAGGCGGAGCAGGAGAAGGGCGACGCGCCCAAGGAGGAGAGCGCGGAGACCGCGGCCGCCAACAAGGAGGAGCGGCACCGGCAGCACCGGAGCCGCAGCAAGGAGGUGGAAGGCGGGAGCAAGGAAGGGAAGAGCGAGCGGAACAGGGGGCAGGAAGGGGGGAAGAGGCACCACCGGCGGGGCUCGGUGGAGGAGUCGGGGGAGAAGGAGCACCGCAGGCACCGCACGCACCGGCACUCCACCGAGCGCCAGGGCAAGGACGGCAACGGCACCGCCAACGGCGCCCGCGGCGAGCGGCGCUCCCGGCACCGCGGAGGGUCCCGCUCCGGCAACAGGGAUGGGGAGCCCAAGGGGGAGAACGGAGAGGAGCCCCACAGGCGGCACAGGCUCAGGAACAGGGCCCUGUCCACGUACGAGUCGGUGGAGAAGGAGAACGGGGAGAAGGAGGCGGAGGCGGGAGAGAAGGAGCACCGGAACCACCAGCCCAAGGAGAACCAGGUUGAGCUGGAGGCCAGUGGCAGUGUGAGUGUCCCCGUGCACACCCUGCCCAGCACGUACCUGCAGAAGGUGCCCGAGCAGCCCGAGGACGCCGACAACCAGAAGAACGUGACGAGGAUGAUCCAACCCCCCCUGGACAAAACCACCACUGUGAACAUCCCCGUCACCAUCACGGCCCCCCCGGGGGAGACCACUGUCAUACCAAUGAACAACGUGGAGUUUGAAAGCAAAACAGAGGAGAAGAAAGACGUCGAUGACCUGACGAAAAAUGGGCCUAAACCAAUCCUGCCUUACAGCUCCAUGUUCAUCCUGAGCCCCACAAACCCGAUUCGGCGGCUCUUCCACUACAUCGUCAACCUGCGCUACUUCGAGAUGGUCAUCCUGAUAGUCAUCGCCCUCAGCAGCAUUGCCCUGGCUGCAGAAGACCCUGUCCAAGCUGAGUCACCCAGGAAUGACGCUCUGAAAUACUUGGAUUAUAUAUUUACAGGUGUCUUUACCUUUGAGAUGGUGAUCAAGAUGAUCGACCUGGGGCUGUUACUCCACCCUGGCUCCUACUUCCGUGACCUGUGGAACAUCCUGGACUUCAUUGUGGUCAGUGGGGCCUUGGUGGCCUUUGCCUUCUCGAGUUUCAUGGGAGGAACCAAAGGCAAGGACAUCAACACCAUCAAGUCCCUGAGAGUCCUGCGGGUCCUCAGACCUCUGAAAACCAUCAAGAGGCUGCCAAAGCUAAAGGCUGUCUUUGACUGUGUGGUGAACUCCCUGAAGAACGUCCUCAACAUCCUCAUCGUUUACAUGCUCUUCAUGUUCAUUUUUGCCGUCAUUGCCGUGCAGCUCUUCAAGGGCAGAUUCUUCUACUGCACUGACGAGUCCAAGGAGCUGGAGAAGGACUGCAGGGGUCAGUACCUCGAUUAUGAAAAGAAUGAGGUGGAGGCACAGCCCAGGGAAUGGAAAAAAUACGAGUUCCACUAUGACAACGUGCUCUGGGCUCUGCUCACGCUCUUCACCGUGUCCACGGGGGAAGGGUGGCCCACCGUGUUGAAGCACUCGGUGGACGCCACCUACGAGGAACAGGGUCCCAGCCCUGGCUACAGGAUGGAAAUGUCCAUCUUUUACGUGGUGUAUUUUGUUGUCUUCCCUUUUUUCUUUGUGAACAUCUUUGUGGCUUUAAUCAUCAUCACCUUCCAAGAGCAAGGAGAUAAAGUGAUGUCAGAGUGCAGCCUCGAGAAAAACGAGAGGGCCUGCAUAGACUUUGCCAUAAGUGCCAAGCCCCUGACCCGGUACAUGCCCCAGAACAAGCAAUCCUUCCAGUACAAGAUGUGGAAAUUCGUGGUGUCCCCUCCCUUCGAGUAUUUUAUCAUGGUCAUGAUCGCCCUCAACACCAUCGUCCUCAUGAUGAAGUUCUAUGAUGCUCCAGAAGCAUAUGAAGAAAUGCUGAAAUGCCUGAAUAUUGUGUUUACAUCCAUGUUUUCAAUGGAAUGUGUGCUGAAGAUCAUUGCCUUUGGUGUGCUGAAUUAUUUCCGAGAUGCCUGGAAUGUCUUUGAUUUUGUCACAGUGUUGGGAAGUAUUACUGAUAUUUUAGUAACCGAGAUCGCGGACACGGACAACUUCAUCAACCUCAGCUUCCUGAGGCUCUUCAGGGCAGCCAGACUCAUCAAACUCCUCCGCCAGGGCUACACCAUCCGAAUCCUGCUCUGGACAUUCGUGCAGUCCUUUAAGGCCUUGCCUUAUGUGUGUCUCCUCAUUGCAAUGCUCUUCUUCAUCUAUGCCAUUAUUGGCAUGCAGGUAUUUGGGAACAUUGCAUUAGAUGAUGAAACCUCCAUUAAUCGGCACAACAACUUCCGGACCUUCCUCCAAGCCCUGAUGCUUCUGUUCAGGAGUGCCACGGGGGAAGCCUGGCACGAGAUCAUGUUGUCCUGCUUGAGCAACAGAGCCUGUGACCCCCUCUCUGGCCUCACCAAGAAGGAAUGUGGCAGUGAUUUUGCCUAUUUCUACUUUGUGUCCUUCAUCUUCCUCUGCUCCUUCCUGAUGUUGAACCUGUUUGUGGCUGUGAUCAUGGACAACUUUGAAUACCUGACCAGGGACUCCUCCAUCCUGGGCCCUCACCACCUGGAUGAGUUUGUCCGGGUGUGGGCCGAGUACGACCCCGCUGCCUGCGGUCGCAUCAGUUACACAGACAUGUAUGAGAUGCUGAGACACAUGUCCCCACCUCUAGGCCUUGGAAAGAAAUGCCCUGCUCGUGUUGCCUAUAAGCGCCUGGUGAGGAUGAACAUGCCCAUCUCCCCCGAGGACCUGACCGUGCACUUCACAUCCACGCUGAUGGCCCUGAUCAGAACUGCCCUGGAGAUCAAACUGGCCUCAGGUGGAGUUAAACAGCACCAGUGUGAUGCUGAGCUGAGAAAGGAGAUCUCCCUGGUUUGGCCCAACCUCUCCCAGAAGACUCUGGAUUUGCUGGUGCCUCCUCACAAACCUGAUGAAAUGACUGUGGGGAAGGUCUACGCAGCACUGAUGAUAUUUGACUUCUACAAGCAGAAUAAGAACAGCAGGGAACAAGUCCAACCCCCCGGAGGCCUCUGCCAGCCUGGCCCAGUGUCCCUGUUCCACCCCUUGAAGGCCACCCUGGAGCAGACCCAGCCCACAGCGUUCAACAACGCCAAGGCUUUCCUGCGCCAGAAGAGCUCGGCCUCUCUCAACAACGGGGGUGCUCUCCCAGCCCCAGAGGGGGGGAUCAAAGAGUCCAGCUCCUGGGGGACCCAGCGCACCCAGGACGUGUUUUAUGAAACCAGGACCCCGGCUUUUGAGCGAGGCCACUCCGAGGAGAUCCCCAUCGAACGGGUGGUAGAAAUGAGGGAAAUCAGCCCCACAGUUGCCAAUGGAGAGCCCCAGCCAGGCCUGGAGAGCCAGGGCCGGGCGGCCUCCAUGCCACGCCUGGCUGCCGAAACCAAGAGGAGCAAAGCACGGUCGCCUGGGAGUUACCUGGCACCCAUCCCGGACACGAGUCCCAUGAAACGCUCCGUGUCCACGCUGACCCCGCAGCGCCCUCAUGCCAUGCACCUCUACGAGUACUCCCUGGAGAGGAUGCCCCCGGAGCAGGGGCACCACCACCACCACCACCGCUGCCACCGGAGGAAAGAGAAGAAGCAGAAGUCCCUGGACAGGGCCGCCCAUCACUUGGCCGAUGGACAGGCUGCCCAGGCCGGUGAGUCUUCUGGCAAGGACAAGAAGGAGCGUGGGCGGUCCCAGGAGAGGAAGCAGCACUCCUCCUCCUCCUCCGAGAAGCAGCGCUUCUACUCCUGCGACCGCUACGGCAGCCGGGAGCGCUCCCAGACCAAGUCUGCUGAGCAGAGCAGACCCACCUCCCCCAACGGGGGCCCAGAGCAAGGUCCACACAGACAGGGCAGUGGUUCAGUUAAUGGGAGCCCCUUGCUGUCGACAUCUGGUGCUAGUACCCCAUGCCGGGGUCGGAGGCAGCUCCCACAGACUCCACUGACCCCACGCCCCAGCAUCACUUACAAGACCGCUAACUCCUCGCCCGUGCACUUCACCAGUAUCCAACCCGGCCUCCCCACCUUCUCCCCGGGACGCCUGAGCCGCGGUCUGUCGGAGCACAACGCGCUGCUCCGCGGGGAGCACCAACCGCCCCCGCCGCCCGUGGCCCGCACCGGCUCCGACCCCUACCUGGGGCCCCGCGACGACGCCGACAGCCCCUCGCGCGCCGCGCCCGAGGACACGCUCACCUUCGAGGAGGCCGUGGCCACCAACUCGGGGCGCUCCUCAAGGACUUCCUACGUCUCCUCCCUGACCUCCCAGUCGCACCAAAUCCGCCGCGUGCCCAACGGCUACCACUACACGCUGGGGCUCAACACGGGCCCCGGCGCCGGCACCAGAGGACGUAGCUACUACCACGAAGCCGACGAGGACGACUGGUGCUAGCGGCCUGGCAGAGCCCUCCGCGGCGGGCGGGUUUAAUUAUGAUGAGUUUUAUCAUCUGGAAGGCCGGCGGGGCAGCCCCUGCCACGAGAACUGCUCUGCGCCCCCGGGGCCGGAGACGCUCCUGCAGCCUCUCUCCUCUCUUUGUUCUUUAUUUAUUU